AUGAAAAUUUUGGGGGGUGGAAAACUGAAAGAUGUUGCAGUUGAUGCUCAUAUACGUUCCUACUGUUGGUCUGGUGAUCUCAUUAGAUCUGCCUUUUCCUCUGGUGAUUCAAGAUUUCCUUAUGUGCAUUCAAAUGAGUUAGUCUUUGAGUUGCAGAAGGCUAGAGCUGCAGAAUCUGAUUUGGUGGCUGGUGAGGAUCUUAUUGAAGGAAUAAAAAAAUGUUUUAUUAAAAUGAAUUUUGUUUAUGUCGUGGUCAUGAUAGAUUGGUACACUGAGAUGCUGGCCUGGUGGCUUUUGUCUUUCACUGUAAGUGGCUAUGUAGUCUUUAAGUUUUACUCUUUCAAGUCCUUUACAUGUAUAAGGGCUGUUGGAGCUGGUAGACAAAGGCGCAGAUACAAGAAACUAAUCAACAACAGGUCAAGUUGGUCCUUGUGUUGCAUGUCGUUGUCAGAUGGGACAAGUCAAGUUGAAGAGAGCGUUGACAAAGCUUACAUUUCUCUUAUUGAAAAAGCUGAACACUUCAUCUACAUUGAGUUGAUGGAAGAAAGGAGUAUAAAGCCACUUGAUUUAAAUCUUGCAGCAUUAUCAACAACAUGCAGUAAAGACUUUGAGUUGAAUUUUGUUAAGUCAUUAAUGAGUGAGAUGAGCCAAUCUACAACUACUUAUCCAUAUAAUCAGCUGUUUGGAGCAUUAGUCUCAAAGAAUUAUGAAAGGCAAGAUGCAACUUUACUUAGUUGA